AUGCUGCAAUUGCAAUUGUUAAUCGAUCAAAAAAAUCGGUUGGAAUUUUCGCAAUUUCAGCUCGUCAACAACUACCGUAUAGACGAGAAAAUCACCGCCUAUCUUAAUUUGUUGGAUAUUUACGUGUUUCCUGUAUUGAAUCCGGAUGGUUUCGUGUUUUCACGUUCCUCGAGGACGUCUGUGAUCCGCCAAUGGCGCAAAAAUCGCGCGCCAUCAAACUGCUCUGGCUGGACUGUGUUUGCCAAAGAUGUCUGCUGCGAAGGUGUAGAUCUAAACAGAAACUACGAUCUCGGAUUCUCACAGGAAAACUAUCCGGUUAACAACCCCUGCUCGGACGAAUUCCAAGGUCCAUUCCCAUUUAGCGAGCCGGAGAGUAGGGCAGUUCGUGAUUUCAUAACAUCAAAGGAGAUUUAUGGUCGACUACAUGCGCUGGUCUCAAUGCAUACACAUGGACAACUUUGGAUUCUCCCCUAUAAUCACCAUAAACGAACAUAUCCAGAGGAUUUUAAAGAUCUUGAACGUCUUGCUACGAAGGCCGCUGACAAGGUGUAUUCCUAUCGAGAGACAAAAUAUCGCGUCGGUACCGCUGCAGAUAUGCUAGGGACGGCAACGGGUGGUGCAACAGACUGGAUUAAGAAGAACACACCAACUAAAUACGUUUACGUACUGGAGCUUCCGCCUGAUAUGUCUACUUGGUUCGCGUUCCAAAUCAGACCUCACUGGUUGCUUCCAAUCGGCAAAGAAACAUGGCUAGGAAUCCAGGUGAUAAUUGACCAGGUUAUUGAGGAGACCAUAACAGAGCCGAGACGAAAAGCCGCUGCCGCCAAAGCAACUCAUUAG